AUGAUAGAGAAAGCUUACCGGUCUUCAUUGCUUAUAAAUAGGUUUGGAUUGAAUUGUACAUCUGUAAACGUACUGAGAUCCUUCGUUUCGAAAUCUAUUCAACAACAGAAGUCGAAUCAAGCUACCCCGGUGCCUACUAAGAUUGCAAAGAAAACGGAUGAUGCUAAAAUAAAGCAUUUGUACAAGCAGAAUUUGGAAGAUUAUUUCAAACAUAGAGAAUUUAAAUUUAAAGGAGAAAGUCAGCAGAAAGAUCUACAGAAAUGGAUGGAAAGCAUAUAUUUAAGAAAGAAAAUACUCAUAGCCAUUGAUAUAGAAGCAUGGGAGAGGAAUAUAAACAAAGUCACAGAAAUUGGGAUAGCAGUGUAUAAUCCAGAUGAACAGCUGUAUUCAAUUUUACCAAAGAUUAAUCAAUUUCACAUCCUUAUUAGAGAACACGAGAAGAUGUACAAUGGUAGAUAUUGUCCGAAUAAUAAAGGUAACUUCAUGGGAGGUGUAUCAUAUACACUAGAACUAACAGAGAGUAAGAAGUUCGUUGAAUCUAUAAUCAACAAAUAUUCCCAUGAAAGUAAAGAAGGAAUAGUGUUAGUAGGUCAUCAUAUCGAAGGUGAUUUGAAAUGGUUAAGAAGUAUUGGGAUUCAGAUUCCUAGUGAUGUACCCAUAGUUGACACUGCAAGGAUUCAUAGACUAUCUUACGAAUCAGGUGGUUCAUUAAGGGGGAUAUUAAGAAAAGUAGGCAUCCCCCAUGGUUAUCUUCAUAAUGCAGCUAAUGACGCAUACUACACUCUAUUAGCAUCUCUUGCAUAUUGUGAUCCCCAUACUAGAAUCCAAAACGAGUUAGACAAAUUCCAUCCUCACAUUAUUGACCUAUCGAAGCCGUCAAAUAAAGCUAGAAAGAGAAGAGAAAGAAUGUAUGACACUUCUAUCAAUAUUCAACACUCAAAUGCCCUGGAACUAUUUAAAGAACUAUUUUCAGACAAUAAUAAAGAGACAGAAUAA